CAAGGCUCCUCCUUUGGGAGGAGCGCAAAGAGGGUAAGCUAUUUAGGUGCAUUUCAAUUCUCAGGUUACUAAAGUUAUUCAGACCCGCGGAGAUAACCUGCAUCACUGCGUUGCCACGAUGUCUACUUUUUACGAGGUCGAACACAUAUUUUUUGACAACACCAGCUAUGAAGAAUCAGGGGAUUUUGACUUGGAGUUGGGUUUCGAGGAGCCGUGCAACAGAGUCGGAGGUGAUGAUUUUCAAAGGAUCUUCUUACCGACAGUUUAUGGAAUAAUCUUUCUGCUUGGAAUCGUCGGAAAUGGACUGGUAGUGACAGUGAUGGGCUACCAGAAAAAGGUCAAAACGAUGACUGAUAAAUACAGGCUCCAUCUUUCUGUGGCUGACCUCCUACUCGUCUUCACGCUACCUUUCUGGGCAGUGGAUGCCGCCAGCAGUUGGUACUUUGGUGGCUUCCUCUGUACCACUGUGCAUGUGAUCUACACCAUCAACCUGUAUAGCAGUGUUCUGAUUCUGGCUUUCAUCAGCGUGGACAGGUACCUGGCAGUGGUGCAUGCCACCAACAGCCAAACCACCAGGAAGAGGAAGCUGCUUGCAGAGAGAUGGAUCUAUGUGGCAGUAUGGCUACCUGCUGCUGUUCUCACUGUGCCUGACAUAGUGUUUGCCACAGCUCUGGAUGGAGGCUCCAGAACCAUCUGCCAGCGCAUCUACCCCCAGAAGACUAGCUUCUACUGGAUGGCUGGGUUCCGUUUCCAGCACAUUCUGGUGGGCUUUGUCCUGCCUGGUUUGGUCAUCCUCACCUGCUACUGCAUCAUCAUUGCCAAGCUGUCCCAGGGAGCCAAGGGUCAAGUGUUGAAGAGGAAGGCUCUCAAGACCACCGUAAUCCUCAUCCUGUGCUUCUUCAGCUGCUGGCUGCCGUACUGUGUGGGGAUCUUUCUGGACACCCUAAUGUUGCUCAAUGUGAUCUCCCAUAGCUGUGCCCUGGAGCAGAGUCUGCAGACCUGGCUCUUAAUCACAGAGGCUCUGGCAUACUUUCAUUGCUGUCUCAACCCCAUCCUUUAUGCUUUCCUGGGCGUUAAGUUCAAGAAAUCUGCCCGGGAUGCACUGACUGUCAGCAGUAGGUCAAGUCAUAAAGUACUGACUAAAAAAAGAGGAGCCAUUUCAUCUGUAUCCACUGAAUCCGAGUCUUCAAGUGUCUUGUGCAGUUAAAAGUCACCAUCCUUUGACUUUUAAAUCUCAGGUUGAAACUAAGCUCUUUUUCAGGGACAAACUACAUUUUGUACAGUUUUGACACCAAAACAAAAAAGACGCUCUUUCUAUUUGCAGUUGCCACUUACAUUUGUUUUUGUGUUCUUGUCAAGAAAAUCAUUUUAUGUACAAAGGAGAUUUAAUCUACAGGCAGAGCCUGAUGUCCAUUGACUGGUCAACUGUAUAUAUCAAUCCUGCUACAGACGCAAUUCCUAGCGGACUGUCAUAGAACAUACAUUGUUCUAAUACGGGACAUGUCAUAUUUAUCAUGUCUGCUUAGGGAUACUAUUUGUUCGUUUAAAAUAUUUGUAGAUAGUUGUUUGCCUUUUUUCCGUUCGCACUUAACUUGUGUGAUUAGAAGUUAUAUUAUUUAUUGCUGUCACUCACACUGAAUGUUUUGUAUCAUUAUUUCACUAUUUUGUUAAGUGUUUGUAUCAUUUCAAUGUCAAUGCUAUUUUGUUCAAGUGUUCUAAAAUAAAAUGUGGAUAAAUGACA